GCUUGACUGCCGUUUGACAAAUAAAAAUAUUAUCUUGUCCAUUAUAAUCUCAUCUUGUAGACUAGCCUACCCAUACAGUCUACCUUCACUAUAUCUGUGAGCUGUUGUUGGCUAGAGUGCACAUGCCAAGACCAGAGUAGGCACAUUUUUUAUUUAACGCAACAGUUUUUGUGACAAAACAAUCAGCAGAGUUGAAAAUGCCAUGGAAACACAUUGAACUUUAGAUUUUUUUCGGUACAUGAAAACUUAAGCUAAAAAGUAAAUUUUGUGUGCACUAUGUCACCACACACAGAUUUUUACCCACAAGAAGUCUGUUUGGUGGAAACACACCACUGACGGAAAAAUGUGCAUAUUUUCUUCAUGUGGAUUCUAAUUGGAUGGAAACCUAGCUGCUAAUUUAAGUACUUCCACUUCAACUUAAUUUUUUGUCAUCUCGUCCUACCACAACAUUUCUUUAUGACACCGUCAGUGAAAAGACGUGCCACUGGCAUCAUACAUAUUAUAUAGUAUGCUAUCGUGAGUGACUAUCUUUAAAGUUUGGUCAGUCUACUGUAACGGCAGGCAACUCUCCACAUUCAGAACAGUCUUUGAGGAAUAAUUUAUCUUCCAUUCCAUGGCUCCUAACUUCUGUGAACCCAUGGUAAAUACUAAAGUGACUGUAAAUGCACUGAAAGAGAAAAAGAAAGAGUCAGAGAUGGAACAAGUGUGUCAUCAGGAUGUUGAUACCUAUGUGAACACCUGUCAUUUGUCCUUUGCAGGCUUCAUUAUUAACAAGUGUAAGUGUGUCCCUUGUCUCGAUGGCCACUACUGGUACACGCAGAACGGCCUUCCGAAGUGUGACCCCUGCAGCAAAGCCUGCUCAGUUGAUCAGCACUUGACACAGGUGAAGGAAUGCAGCCGGGACUCAAACCGUGAGUGCCACUGUGACAGCGGCUUUUUCUGUGACAUCGCUGCCCAGUAUACCUGCAGGAGGUGUAAGCCGUGCUCUCCCGGAACCUUCUCCAACAAACCAAACCUAACCAUGUCCUGCAAACCCCACACAGAUUGUGGCCAUAAGGGAAUGAUCAUGGUGACAGAGGGCACUGCCUCUCAGGAUCGUGUAUGUGCCCAGACCUCCCCUAACUCUCCUACAACCACUGCACCUCCAACUGUCCACAGCUCAGAGAUAGGCUUUCAUUCUUCUACCUCCAGUGGAGUCAGCACCACCCGAAAACCCCCCAUCAUAGCAUUCCCAUCUAGACUGGUGGGGUCUACAUCUCCUGAUGGUAUGGCUCUUAUGGGAGCUUUCUCACACUUGAGUGAAUCCAAGCAUUUCCUGCUCUGUCCACUGGAGGGCUUUAACAUGCUUCACCAGUCCAGCACUAGAGGUUUCAUUGUCCUGCCAUCUAAUCACACUCAUUUUCUGUUUAUUCCAGCCUUUCCCAAAGCCAUAAUUUACACAUCUGCAGACCCUUUACCAGCCUUACUCACCAGGCCUUCUUUGUCCCAAGCCCAGAGCGAGCCCUCUACCUCCCUCCCAACUAGGAAACAAGUCACUGAACACAGCUCCUUUGACCCCAACACAAAGCUUACCACCAGGAGAAACCCCAGCAAGGUGGACAGUAACACCUCACCUGCAGAGUCUGCCUCUACACCUCCUCUUACCACAGAAGACAACGCAACAGAUACUGGACCGAGCCCUCCCACUCUCCCUUGGCUGCUGCUGAUAGGUGGGCUACUAGGGGUUGUCGUGCUGCUGGUUGGUUACUUUGUCCGUUGUAGGGAGAGGUCACUGAAGUCCAUGGACAAGUGGAAAGGUCCAGUAUUUGGUAAAAAUACGGAUUCCUAUAUACAGGCCCAGCCACCACAGGAGAGUUGCCCACACCUGGAGGCCCAGCAUCUUCUGGGGAGGGAGACUGGGGGAAAUCCUAGACAGGAUGGUGCAGGGUUGCUACCUCCAGGGGUCAUGAAGCAGCUCACAGUGGACCACUCUGGAGGAGAGAACAUUAGCAACACAGUGGGGUCCAUUUACAUCUACUCUCCGGGGACGGUUGUCCUGGGAUACAACAAGUCGGAGAGGAAGGUGGAUCAAGUGGAGAGUGGAGUAGAGGGCUGUCCCCUCACCAGAACACCCCAGCAGGAGUCCUCCUGCCCCCUCCCUGAGGGCCCUGCUCUGGGGCCAGAGAGAAUGAGUACACAGGAGGAGACCUGCAAAGAGCUGAGAUACCCCAUCCCGGCCACCAGCAACUGGGAACUAGAAAAAAAAUGAAAUUGAGGAUUAACUAUGGAAAAAGCCUGAGGAGGAGCAACUUCAUUCAAUAUCAAAUAUCAUCUCUAGGGCAAGAAUGCAGACAGAAUAUUAUUUGCUACUGUAAAGACUGUUAGACUGGAUGGCUUCCUUCUGUACAAGGAUUGCAAAAGCCACUGGGGUCCCUCAGGGGUCUUCUAUUAUGAAUGAGUGACAGUUUGUUCCAACUGUAUGUAAUAGUCUUAGCACGGUUUCAAAUUCACUGUAAGUCACUGUUGUGACAGCAGUGCUGGGACAGUAUUUGAGAGCAAUGCAUGGUCUGUUUGAUAUGGGGUGUCGACACUGUGAGUCGGAGUUUCCCAUAAUUGGGUACAUGUACACAAUGGCGCCAGAUCGUGUGAGAGUCUAAGUGUAUCAACCACAGAAACAGUGAAGACAAGAAAUUCAUAUGAGGUGUGAAGUAACCUAUGUAACCAUGAUACAAGUAGGGUUUGGGGUGUGAAGAGCUUACAAUUUCCAUUGUAAAGUAAUACAGUAAUACCAUGUUCACGGGUUACAACCUUUGUUCUGUGAAUCUAUGAUCAAGACAUUGCUAUGUACAGUAGCCUACAGGACGAAGACAGAAGAAAGAUGACUUUAUAACAGACAAUAGCAAUCUGUUCCAGUCUAUUCCUUGACAGAAAUGUACACAAAUGAACAAACUAUUUCAAGUCACCUCUUUAUGGUGAAACCACUUAUGUAGUUGACUAUGACUAUGUGCAGCCAAUCACUGUCUGUUAAUCAUGCAAAUGUAAUAUUUUGUCUGUUUGACAAAUGCAUGUGACGUAGGCUAUGCCAUAGCAUGAGCUGUUUUUUUUAUCCUUCAGAAAUUGUAGAACUGUUUCAAGCAAGUGUUUACCGACAAAAUACAAUUUACGAUGAUUUCUGUAUUAGUA